AUGUCAGCAGCAACCCAGCAGCCAAAAGCAGGCAGCCCCAACGACUUCCUAAAAGGCGUGAUUGGCAAGAGCGUCAAUGUGCGCCUCAAUUCCGGCAUUGACUACCGCGGUGUGCUCUCGUGUCUCGACGGCUACAUGAACAUUGCCCUCGAGCAGACCGUCGAGUACGUCGAUGGCGUCAAGAAGAACUCUUACGGCGACGCUUUCAUUCGAGGCAACAACGGUUAG